AAAUGAUAGUAUUGAGCAAGGAGAAAAUACACUAAAAUAAAGUACUGUAUUAAUAACUAGUUUAUUAAUAUGUUUCAUUCUUAUAAUUUUUAACUUGUAGGUCUCAGAUACACUUAGGAUUCUUCAUUUACCACCAGAACUUUCUGAUGAACGACGUAAUGAAUUAUUUAAAAAAUAUGGUGCUAUUAAAACACGAACAUUGAGGCUUUCUAAAAAGUACACCAUGACUUUUGCAAAAUUCCAAUCCCAAGAAAUAGCUUUGCAAGCAUUGUUACGUUUACAUCAAUUAAAUGUCAGAGGGCAAUAUUUAACAGUUGAAUUUGCCAAAAAGCCUGUAUCAAUAGAAAAAACAGAAAAUGAUCUUGAUAAUGACAAACUGACAAAGGAAGAUAAUAAAAAAGAAUCUACGAACAGAUCCAAUUUUCAAGCAUUUUUACAAAAACUAAACAGUUGGUCUAUGAAUCAGGCUUUCACUCAACCACCUCCACCAAAUAUACAAUAUGAAUAUUCACCACCAACAAGAGGCACUUUAAUAAGAAUAGCCAUACAAUUAUUAAAAGAACCAGCUUUUUACACUCAGGUUUUACACUUGAUGAAUAGAAUGAAUUUACCUCCUCCUUUUGAAGAGUUGGAAGCAGAAUUUCCAGCACUUAAAGAAGUUUAUGAUAUAGAAAAAUAUAAUGAUAUUUUUAUUAGAGACAGAUUAUAUGCCAAAGGAGGCAUAGAUGUUUGCAAUGAAGAAACAGAAGAAGAAGAAUCAGAAAUAGAGUCAAAUGAGGAAGAUAAUGCAAAAUCUGUGGAAAUUAUACCUGUAAAAAGAAAAUGUCUACAACAUACAAAACGUUUAAAAAUUCCCAAGUUUAUUAAUCCAAAUAAACAUGUACCACCUUCAAAUCCUACACAAAAAGUUGUAAAACCAGCAGAUAUGUUUGAGCCAGUACAACGCGGUGAAACAAAAAAUCUUAAAAUCGAACUGAAAAUAGUGAAUAAACUCUUAGAUGUUUCGAAUAAAGAAGAAAAUACUGAUUCUGUAAAUGCUACAGAUGGUGGUUUUGGAAUAAUGUUUCCACUUUCUAAAAGUCUUGAUACUGUUGAAAACAAUGAAAAUACUGAGACUGUUGAGCAAAAAGUUAUUACAUCUAGUGAAUUAACAAAUAACAGAAUUUCAGCUAAUGAUCAAAGAUUGCUUCCUGUUUUUAAAAAUUAUCACCCGGGAAAACCAUCAAAUCGUUUGUACAUAAAAAAUCUUGCAAAACAAGUCGAAGAGAACGAUCUCCAUUUUAUCUAUCGAAAAUAUCUAGUACCUGAAUUAAAAACAGAAUUUGAGUACGAUGUGAGACUAAUGCAAGAGGGUAGAAUGAAGGGUCAAGCAUUUAUCACAUUGCAGAAUACGGAGAAAGCACAGUUAGCCCUCGAUGAGACAAAUGGUUUCAUUUUGAAAGAUAAGCCAAUGGUUGUACAAUUCGCUAAAGUAUCAAAAAGUUAACAAAAGCAUUCUUCAUUUGAUGUUACGUAUUGUAUUAUUUAUAAUUAAUGCUAAUUACAAUAAACAAAGAUCUUUUAUAUUUUCUAAUAAUUUUACAUUAUGAUGCGUUACGAUAUCUUGUUAGAAACAAGAUAGAGCUUGCUGUAGUUCAUUUACAUUUACGAAAACUUUAAUCACAUGUAACGUGGAUCUUACGAUCGAUGCGGCGAAGUGCUUAAAUUCAAUACUCUCUGUACAGAAGAAUAAAAGAUCUGUAUGAUAAA